AUGGAUCUUAUUAAUAGAGACUCUCAAGUCUCCCCUCUCUAUAACCCGGCCAAUAUCGGGAUAGAUCGUCUACAAAAUACUUUUCUUCAUUCUAUUUCCCGUGCUUCUCGUCUCUCGAGAAGGGCUGGCUUUACCUCCAAGAUUGAAGCAGAUGUUUCCGAGGUCAUGGGAGAAUAUGUCAUGAAAUUUCAAAUUGGGAACCCACCUGUACAAGUCCUUGGCGAGGUUGACACCGGGUCAGACCUUACAUGGGCCCAGUGUCAACCCUGCAAGGGCUGUUACAAGCAAAUGGGUGUCCCUAUCCUAGAUCCCUUAACUUCCUCCACUUAUCAAUCUCUUUCGUGCAUGUCAAAACCUUGUGAAAUCUUAACCGAGAACAAAGAAACACCUUGUAACUCAAAAAAUACGUGUAGUUACAAAAUAAUCUAUGGCGACCAGAGCUACUCGUUAGGAGACCUGGGCACGGACACCUUUUGGUUUGGGCCAACCUCUUUCGAAAAUGUUGUGUUUGGGUGUGGCCAUGAAAACAAGGGAACUUUUAGUGAGGGUGCUAGUGGUAUUGUUGGUCUAGGUCAUGGCCCAUAUUCUAUAGUUAACCAAUUAACAUCAAUUAUUCAAGGAAAAUUUUCUUAUUGUCUCAUUCCAUAUCUUGACGAUACAACAAAUCAAACUAGCAAAAUUCACUUCGGUAGUAGUGAUGCUAAUAUCACUAGCCUAAAUGUCGUUUCUACGUCCCUAGUAAUGAAAGAACCCUCGACUUUCUACUACGUUACGUUAGAAAGCAUAUCGGUUGGAAACAAUAACUUGUCAUUCCCACAAACAUCUUUGAAAAAUGAUGUGCAAGAAGGUAAUAUUGUUAUAGACUCGGGGACUACAUUAACAUUUAUCCCUCGGAAGUUAUAUAAUGAUCUAUCCUCGAGUUUAAUCGAAGCCAUUGAGGGAGAAAGCGUGCCAGACCCAUGGGGAACAUUUGGGGUCUGUUAUAAGGACUUGGAUCUUGAUCGAGUCCCAAAGGUUACGUUUCAGUUCACUGGUGCCACGAUUGAGGUGCUCCCGAUGAACACGUUUUCAGAGGUCGAAACUGGGCUGAGCUGUUUGACGAUUUUGCCUACGGAUGAUUUGGCAAUAACUGGAAACUUGUUGCAACGAAAUUUUUUAGUAGCGUUUGAUUUGGUGAAUCAAAAGGUUUCUUUUUCUCCUGCUGAUUGUACUAAAAACAUGCAAUAUGCUUAG